AUGACCGACUUGUUUUUUGAAAUCCGCCGUCAUAAAACUCACAUUUUCAUCGAUGCGAGAGAUUCAGCUCAAGUCAAAGAUCUGAAAAGAAUCAUCGAAGGAAUUAUCAAGGUUUGUGUUAAAAAUAAAGUUAUUGAAAGCUCUAGAGCAAAUAUCACUUUUCAGUAUCCUGUCGAGGCUCAAACUUUGUACAAGAUCAAUGAUAAUGGAACACAAGUGUUGUUGGAGGAUUCAACAAUUUUGUCGACAGCUGGAUUCGACAACACCAAUGCCAGAGUGAGUUUUUGUUUUCAAAUAAAAUUAAAUUCUAUGAAUUCUACGAAAUCAAGACCAAUAUCAAAAAUAAAUUCUAUAAAAAGUGACUUCUUAUAAGUUAGAGUUGUUUUUUUAACUGAUGUUAUAAGACCUGGUUUCUCCGUUUUCGAAUAAAAUGUUUUUUUAUUCCCACUCAAAAUUCUGAAAAUAACAUUGACAAUUAGAAGCGGUUUAUGAUUUUCUGAAAAACAUCUAUCGUAUUUAGAGAAAAUAAAAUGCUACCGCUUAAGUUGCAAUCAUACUGUCAAACUAUUCGCAAAAAACUCCCAAGAAAAUCUCUAGUCAAACCAAUCAUUGAUUAUUUUCCAGGCUCAAUCUCCAGCAGUGAUUGGUCUCCAAAUCCUUGGAGAUCAAAUCUUGCAAAUGGAAGAACUCUCCGUGCCACCACCAAUCCCUGAUGCAAUGAGAGGAGGCGAUGGACAAAGCGACUAA